AUGUAUGGUUGUAAUAUUGCUGGCGACACAGAUAAUAAUAAAACCAAUUGUGUAUGUGAAUCAAUUGAAUCUGUUGUUCAAGUUGUUUAUACUGAUGUAGUUAAUAUUACUGAUGUUGAACAAAUAGCUAAUGCAAGAGUCAAUGUAAAGAAUGAAUAUCCAACUGAUAGAGUUCAUUUUAAUGAAAAUAUCAAUGAUAGUAAUAUUAAAAGAUCUAUUUUAGCUUAUGGGCUCUGUCGACCAAAUAUAGCUUUUCCUAGUAGUCUACAUGAAGAUGGUAAUACCUAUAAAUUCUCUUCCUACUUUUACUCAAUGACAUUAAAAUCUGGUAUAAAAGUUCAGAGAUUUUGGUUGUGUUACUCGGUUGGAUUGAAUGUAGCUUACUGUGAAACAUGUUGGUUAUUUGCCAACCGACAAUAUUCUUAUUAUAAUACUGCAUGGAUUAAUGGAGUUGAUGACUGGAGACAUUUAACAUUUAAAAUUGAUAAGCAUGAGAAAUCCAUUCAACAUAUUGAUGCUGGGAAGAUUCGUUAUAACUGGGAAAAAAUUUUUACAAUUGACAAAGUUACAGAAAAACAAUAUUCAGAUGAAGCUACCUAUUGGAGAGCAGCACUAACACGAAUAAUUAAAGUGAUUUUAUCGUUAACAGCUGGGAACACAGCACUCAGAGGACAUGAGCAUAAAAAUAAUGAUGGCUUAACUACAAGUGAAGGAAAUUUUAUGAGGACCAUAAAGCUUUUAUCAGGGUUUGAUCCAAUAAUGAAUAAUUUGUUAAAUGAUGAAAAAAAAAAAUUAAGUACCUCAGUUGGCAAGUGCAAAAUGAAAUAA